AUGUUUGAGAGAUGCUGGCAUGAAGCUAGUUGGCAGACCAAAAAACAGACAAUGUCGAUGACAGACAGUGAAAAAAGGCCAGAGUUUACAGAGGAGAAAGUAUCAUUGACGUCGGAGGACGACGAAGACGUUGCGUUGAAAUAUUUGAAAAAAACGCAGGCCGAGUCGUACGUGUUUGACAAUGAUGACGAAAAAACUAAGAAGAAAGAUGGCAUGUACUAUGGUGAUUUCCAGCUGGCACCGAAACUGCUGCGCAAAGUGGAUUUUUUCAUUAUGCCGUUUUUAUGCUGCACGUAUUUGCUCAUGUUCUUAGACAAAGCGCUACUUAACUACGCGGCGGCGAUGGGGAUCAAGAAACAUUUGAAAGGUAACGAGUUCUCGAACUUGGGUACGAUUUUCUCUGCCGCGUACAUCUUUGCCGAGCCCCUUGUGACCUACUGUAUCCAGCGGUUCCCGAUCUCCAAAGUCAUGGGUGUUUUCAUCAUCUCGUGGGGGGUCGUGUUGGCGUGCCAUUCGGCCUGCAAAACGUAUGCGUCGCUCAUGAUCGUGCGUACGCUGCUAGGCUUCUUCGAAGCCAGCAGCGCGGUCGGGUGUAUCGCGAUUAGCGGUAUGUAUUACACGAAGGCUGAACAAUCUGCACGUAUUGGUUACUGGGCAACCCAGGCUGGUACUGGUUACAUCGUUGGUGGUCUCAUUUCGUUUGGGUUUUUGCAUUAUCAUGGCAAGACAUUUACGUCGUGGCAAAUCAUGUUUUUGAUCGUCGGGCUGGUCACCGUGAUCUUUGGUAUUACGACUGUGCUAUACUUACCAGACAACGUCACCAACGCAUGGUUCUUGACAGAAAGUGAGAAAUUGGAAGUCAUUCGCCACAUCAGAUCCAACCAGACCGGCCUCGAAAACAAGAAACUCAAGAAGGAGCAGCUCAAGGAGCUAUUCCUGCACGACAAAUUGACGUACCCAAUGUUGCUUCUCACCGCAUGCUCGCAGAUCUCUACGGGAUCCAUCGGUAACUUUUCGGUCACCAUCACGCAAACGUUCGGCUUUGAUGCAUACCAGACCGCUCUGCUUCAGCUGCCUAUCGGUGCAAUCACGGCCAUGAUCAUUCUCAUCACCACGCAGCUUUUGUCGCGUUUCGGCAGUUUCACUCUCAUCACAACUUCCAUGUACAUACCAGCGAUCAUCGGAUGUAUCGUCAUGAUUGCGCUGCCUCUCUCCCACAAGGUGGGCAACUUGCUCGCGCUCUACUUGCUCUACAGCGGUUCUUGUGUGAUUACCAAUAUUUACAUCUGGAAUAGUUGUAACACUUCCGGAUAUUCCAAGAGAGUUUUCAGAAAUGCCAUCACUAUGAUCGUUUACAAUGUAUCUUGUAUUGUUGCACCUCAGAUGUUUAGAGCUUACUCCGCUCCCAGAUACAUUCCGGCCAAGAUCACGCUUUUGGUCACUCAGUGUGUGUGUGUUCCACUACAACUCUACCUCGGCUACUUGUGCAAGAAAGAGAACGAAAAAAGAGACAAAGAGCAAGAAAACACGGAACUAAAGGAGUACAAGUUUUUGGAUAUGACAGACAUCGAGAACAGGAACUUCAGAUACAUCUACUGA